AUGUUUGGUACGGUCCAUGUGUGGAUAUCAACAGAACGAAUUGCCAUCGACUUACUCUCACGGAGGGCGGGUAACUACUCGGACCGACCGCUCAUUCCUAACCUCCCUGAUAAUCGAACGAGCGGACACUAUCUUGCGCUAUCGGGACGUAACGAUACUUGGAGACGUCAGCGGAAGCUCUGUCAACAAUUGAUGAGCGUGACAGCCAAGGCCUCGCUAUAUUCUUAUCCGACUAAAGAGCGGGAUCGGUUUUUAUACCUACUAUCGCGCGAUCCAUCGCAAUAUCGAGAAUACGUCGAGCAAUUCACAGCACGUACUGUGGCCCGGCUCUCUUGGGGAAGCCCUCACCCCGCCCCGCUGCUGCGAGUCACUACUUCUGGUCUCCUCGAUACCAUCUCCCCGUCAGGGGCUCUUCCUAAUGCUAUCCCCUGGCUCAUGUAUAUACCCAAUUUCAUAAGUCCCUGGAAGCAGAAAGAAAACGCUCGUCAGGAACUUGAGACCGCCCUCCUAAAAGUACGCAUUCGGUACGUACACGACCGCAUCAGCGAAGGGAAUGCCGAACCCAGUUUCAUAAACACAUUCAUAAAUAAGCUGAGCGGCCAGAGUGAUGGCAGCAAGAGCGAUGGCAGCAAAUGGGAAGAUGAGGCCGAGGCCAGUUACGUUGUUGGGCAAAUGGCCAUCGCUGGAGCUUUAACAAUUGGGAGCCCAAUCCAAAGUUUCAUGCUCGCUAUGCUACAUUAUCCCGAGUGGCAGAGAAAACUACAACAUGAAGUUGAUACCGUAUGUGAAGGAAGGUGUCCCGAAUGGGAAGACCGUGAAAGGCUACCGUUGCUUCGUGCCGUCGUUAAGGAGACGAUCCGGUGGCGUCCCCCCGUUCCAACAGGAAUCCCGCAUGCGAUCGAAAAUGAUGAUGUAUAUGAGGGCUAUUUUAUUCCCGCGGGCGCAACUAUUCACGCCCUGGAAUGGGCUAUUACCCGCGACGAGUCCAUCUAUCCAGAUGCUCACAAUUUCAACCCUGCCCGGUGGUUGGAGCCUAGAUAUCCUACUUAUAAGGAGCCAUUGACCAUGCACCCGAACCUGGGUGGGUUCAGCCAAUUCGGGUUUGGCCGUCGUACAUGUCAAGGCCUUCCCAUCGUAGAGCAAGAUCUUUUCUUGACGAUGGGCGGAAUGGCGUGGGCGUUUGACCUUCGGAAGAAGCUCCGAGAAGACGGCAGCGAAAUACCGGUGCAUUGGAACGACUACACCCCAUUACUGAUAGCCAAGCCGGCCCCAUUCGAAUUUGACGCAACGGUUCGCAGUCCGUUGAAAGAAGCGGCUCUCAGAAAUAUGUGGGAGACGGGUAAAGGCGAAGACGACGAAGAGGAGGAGCGGGACCAGUUCCUCGCACAGAAGUGGAAGGAAGAUGCCGCGUACAUGGAAGAAACGAAGACGGCGCUCGAAGAUGAUAGUAGCAGCGCCCGCGGUAGCGAGACGAGCGAUCCGCAAUCACCAUAUAGAUCGGUUUCUUCUGCUAGCACGGGGUCGGAGAGCGAGUUCGGGGAUGGGGGCAGCCCUACCCUACUACAUCAGCAUCUAGAUUUCAUUUAUCAAAACGGCGGGCAAUGA